CAACAACAAUCGAUGAACUGUCAUCCCUAGCAUAAGAAAAUUUUUGAAGUGUUUUUUCCUGCGCGUAAAAAUUAAUUUUCUCCCAAAAAUAUUUACUUUGCCGAGCUAUAAUUAUCUGUAAGGAAAUAUUCAAAGUGCAAAAAAGGUGUUGCUGGUAUCAUCGAGCGACGCAAGGAUAAAUUGGAGAGUCAAAAAGAAUAAAAACUUUCGGCACAAGAGUUUUCAGUGCUGCGCAUUGAAAAUUGGAAGUGUCAUAUAAGAGCCAUUAGGACAGCGUCGUAAAUUUGCAAACCAAGUUUCAACCCACAAACACAUAACGCACAAAAACCAAAAAUAAAACACAGUUCAACUGUUUAAUAUAAAGCAGAAAAAAGUGUCGGAAAGGAAAAGUGUCAUAUCAUCAUAUACAGCGAGUUCUCUAAUUGCAUCUAUAUACCUAUAUAUAUAAAUAAACGAUCACAAUGGUUCACACUGGCAUAUCUCUGAACGAUCGCUUCACUCAAAUGCAAUCGCAAGCUGUGAAGCAAUCGCGGCCUCAGCGCAGUCGUUCCCAGAGUCGUUCACGGCGCAUUGUGAAUCCAAAUGUGUCGGCCGCCAAUUCGCGCCUAUUACAGGAAUUCAAACGGAAGCAUACCGUGCAGACGGCCCUUAAGUUGAAGCGCAGAAGCCUGCGGAACUCAGCUGGCGGUGGCGGCGGUGAUAGCGGUGCCUCCCGCGGACCUCGCAUUGGCGGCGUUAAACCUGUGCGAUUAGGCCCAAAUGGCAGACCCAUGCGUUCCAAUAACGUGACACAUGUAGCAACGAUGCGUGCCGAUUUGGUGGCCAAUGCACGGCGUCGCAGCAAUAGCUCGAAUCGACCAUCACGCUCUUCUUCACAGGUCGGCGGUCUACGCCAGCGCUUGGGUCAACGGCGAUCUAAUGUGGGUGGCGCUGCAGAGCGUGUGGAACGCCGCAGGCAGCAGCAGCAACAACAGCAGCAGCCAUUGGGACGUCGCAAUCGUUCCCGGUCGCGUUCCCGUCAAGCCCAACCUGUGCGCUCUCGCUCUCAGAGUCGUGGACGUGAACGGUCUCAGAGUCGUCCCCGCUCACAGAGUCGCAAUCGUUUUGCUGGCGGUCGUAAUGCAGGUGGCCAACGCCGUGGUGGCGCAGCAGCAGCAGCAAGAUCGAGUUCGAGUGGACGCCGAGUCUCUGUCAAGCAGCGUCUGGGCGUACGUCCUGGCCAAGCAUCUGCAGGAUCAGCAGCUGUUGGCAAAGACAAUCGCCGUGUUCCACGUCGUGGAGCAAGUAAAUUGCGCGGUGUAGCCGGUGGACGUGUUGAGAAACGUCGGAACAGUUCGAACCAGGCCCAGAAGGGUGUAUCAGCCUCCCUAUCUGGACGUGGACGCCAACGGGGACGAUCUGCUGCUGCUGCUCCUGGGGCUGGCAACUCUGCUGCUGCCUCGACAUCCCGUCGCUCUCGUUCUAGAACUCGCGCUGCGGUUAAUGCUGGUUUGGCUACACCAACUAAUAGGCCAAUAGGUCGUGGCAAAGUGGCCAAUAAGGCUGCCAACAGAAACGGUAACAAGAAUAACAACAACAGCAAGAGGAACAAAAAUUCGGCGCUGGUUGGCAAGGCAAAACCGCGUCAGCAAGUGGCAGGUGCUGCUCGCCGCGGACGCAGUCGUAGUCGUGCUAAUCGCAGUGAUUCAGGCAAGGCGCAGCCGGAAGUGAAGCGUGAAGAUCUGGAUAACGAACUUGACCAAUAUAUGUCCACCACAAAAUCAGAAAUGGACUACUUACUCAAGUAGAGAAUCGAAUAAAUUGAUGGCAUAAACCACCGGCGUAGGCAACUAAUACAACAAAUAUCCGUAUAUCUCUUUAAUCUUUAAGUUAAUUAUAACUCCUAGUUACUGAUUAGCUUUAAGCAAUCGUGUUUAGUGUUUUUUUCCUGUAUAUAAUAACAUGACAUCCAAUCCAAUCAAUUUAAUAUGAAUUGUCCCAUAAGUUAAUUUAUGAAUUUGAAUUUUGAUAUUGUCACCUGAGACAUCAGAUCGGCAUAGUAUAUUACCAUACGUGACAUUAUGUAAGUGCAUUUUCAAAUCUGAGUAAAUAUUUUGAAAUACA